CAAUACACAUUUCCCCAUUCAAAAUAUACAAACACAACUUUUUCUCUUGUCGCGUAAUAACAAAGUUAAAUUAAAAAUAACGCAAUUUUUCGAUUAAUUUUCGCCCGGAAUAACUUUCAGGAUGUCUCAACCGCCGUCGGAGAGCGAUCUCGAAUGGGUUCAAAUGGUAAAGGACAUCGAUAACUUGCCACGAGCCGAAACGCAAGUGCAAAAGUUUGUGCGUAAAUUCAAACAAAAUCCCUUCGUGCCGAUCGGAUGUCUUGCGACAGCGGGCGCUUUGACCUACGGACUGUGGAGUUUUCGACAAGGCAGAAGAAAGAUGUCACAAAUUAUGAUGCGAACUCGUGUUGUAGCGCAAGGAUUUACCGUCACGGCAUUGGUUCUUGGCGUUUUGUAUGGCGUAGCGAGCAAGUAAGAAAAAGCCGCUGAAGAUAAAUUUUGUUGUAGAAAACGUUAAGAGACAUUUUUCUUUAUUUUUGAGUCAAAUGUAAAAUAAAUCAUUAAUAGCUUUUUAGAA